AUGCAGCCAAUGGAAUCAGUGUCGUUGAAGGAUGUAGCUAUAGUCUUCACCAAGGAAGAGUGGAGCCUGCUGGACACAUCCCAGAAGAAGCUGUACAGAGAUGUGAUGCUGGAAAAUAUCAACCAUCUGGCCUCUGUAGGUUGUCAGAUCAGCAAAGCAGAUGUGAUUUCCCAGCUGGAGCAAGGGAAAGAGCUGUGGAGAGAAACAACAGGAUGUCUCCAAAACAAGAGUCCAGGCAGUAAAUGUCCCCUGAGGCAACAAGAAAUGAUAUCCAUGCUACAAGUCAAAAGGAAGCACCUAUCCACUACCAUGCCAAUGGUUUCUCAUGCACAAGAGGAUCCUGUUGAAUGUGAUGAUUUGAGUGACGAAUUUACUCUCAGAUCUUCACCUCCACAUUUAUCAACUCCUGUAAGAAGAAAACAUAAUGACUAUAAAGGGAGUGGAAAAUCACUUCAUGAAAGGUCAUUGAAUAAUGGACAUGAUCACAUUCACACUAAAGGUAAAUUAUGUGAAUGUCCUCUAUGUGGGAAAGGCUUCAGUAACUGCUUUAGCUUCAGACGACACAAGAUGGCUCACAAUGGAGAGAAACCAUAUAAAUAGAAGCCAUUCAAAUGUCACCUGUGUAGGAAAGUCUUCAGUCACAGUUCCUACUUGAGACAGCAUGAGAAAACUCACACAGGAGAGAAGCCGUACGCAUGCCAGCUCUGUGAGAAAACUUUCAAUCAAGUCUCUUACCUUCGAAAACAUGAGAAAAUCCAUCCUGCAGAGAAGCACUAUGAAUGUCAUCAGUGUGGGAAAGCCUUUAGUCAAAGCUCUGGCCUUAGCCAGCACAAGAGAAUCCACACUGGAGAGAAACCACAUGUAUGUCUUGUGUGCGGAAAGGCCUUCAGUCAAAGCUCUGAACUGACUCGGCACAAAAGGACCCACACAGGACAGAAACCUUAUGAAUGCCAGCAGUGUGGGAGGGCCUUCAGUCAGUUUGCUAAUCUGAGAAGACAUUACAGAACCCACACUGGAGAGCAGCCCUAUGAGUGUCAGUUCUGUGGGAAACGCUUCAGUCACAGCUCUUCCCUUGGACGACAUGAGGGGACACAGCACUGAAGAGAAGAUCAGGGGGCCCUCAGGAGACAGUCUGACCUGGGGUGAUAUAGCAUAAAUGUCAGGAGUGUGAAGGAAACACCAGUCAUUGCUUUAGUAUUUAAACACAUCACAGUACACAUCCUUUAAGGAAGCAUCCUCUGUAAUCAAAAUGGAAGCUACUUCAGGCAUCAUUCUUCUCAAUCCAGACAGGCUUUAAUACAAGGAAGUAGAUCAUGUGUGUGUUGUCCCUGUGGCAAAACCUUUAGCCAUGGCCUGACCCCAGGGAACACUACAGACUCAGUCUGUAAAUAUAAUAUGCAUGUUUUCAGCAACAGCUCUCAACAUGAAAGACCUAGACAACUUGGGCAGAGGAUAACCCUUCGUUCUUCAUUGAUAACAAUUGUUAAAUGGGAGCCAACUCCAUGUCCAGAAGCACUAGGACUGUAGUCACUGUUAAUGAACAUUGAGCCCAGCACCAGGCUAGACCUUCACAAAGAACUCAGUGAAAGGGGAAACACUGAAACAGAAAAGAAGAUGAUUUCUCAGAAAUGCCAAAAUAUGCUGAGGAACAUCAAAGCAUACUUAAUAACUCAUAUUGGAGAAGUAGUUCAAUGUAAAGCCUGAGAAGUUCUCUACUCAAAGAGCAACCCCUCUGGCCCAUGUGUGGAUUCAGACUGUAUAAAACACCAUCAGUGUCAUGAAGGGAGGAAGUCUGCAGAGAUCACCUAUUUUUUAGUCAACAUUAAAGUCUCACACCGAGGACAUAGCAAUCCUCAAACUCAAAGUGGAGUUACAGUUAGAUUUCAUACCACAGAAAGGGAGUGUGUGUGGAAGGGAGUCUGUAAAAGAAUCUUUUACACACAAUCAGGCAGAUUGUGAUUUGGGAAAUACCUCUUCAGGAAAAUGUGGGAUAUUGUGGACAGUGCAGGGAUCAAGCUGUAUAGAAUGUAGAGUUUUGUAAGAAAUUAAAAUUUGUGGAGUUCUCAUUGUGGCGCAGUG